AUGGGACUGGGACCCGACCAUGGAGUGUUGGGCAUCACUUUCAAGGCCGCGAGAGCUCUUGAGGCUGCUUCAAUGAUUGCCAUCAUUGGCAUUACCGCAAACUUCAUUUCUGAGAUGGUCAGCGCCGGUGCCACUCCACCUCCUGUUUUGAUUGGAACCUUGAGCAUUGUCUGUGUCGCUGUCCUCUAUUGUGCAAUCACCGUCAUUCUUUAUUUCGACCAGAUACUCCCCUUUAUCAUCAGUGCCGGUCUUGACGCUCUUUUCUUGAUUGCGCUGGUGGUGAUCUCAGUCAUUGUUGGGAAACCCCUUUCCUACCUGAAUUGCCAAGUUCUGGAUGACAUGUCCAACGCCACCUCGAGUGCAUAUGAUUUCACUUCGGCUUUGGGCAACAGUCUUAACAAAAACGGAAGCGUCGAUUACUCUCAAUGGAUCGGUACUUCCAAGUCGACAUGUCUGCAGAUGAAAUCGAUCUGGGGUUUGAGCAUCGCGUUGUGCAUUCUUUUCACCUUUUCUGCCGUGAGUGCCAUUUGUUUGUGGAAGAGAACCAAGCAGCCAGCCGCCGACAAGAUCGAUGCUUAG